CCACGAGCAUCCCUGCUGAUAGAGUCCCUGACAUGGGAAAAAGACAGCUCAUGAAUCUGCUUCUUCUUGGUGCCAUUUCACUCCCCAGUGCUGGAAUGCUUAUUCGCUACACCUACUUCUUCGUUCCUCCAGGUUCAGGGUCUUCAGCUGGUGGUACUGUUGCCAAGGAUGCUGUCGGAAAUGAUGUAGUUGCAGAGCAAUGGCUCAAGGCACAUGGACCUGGUGACCGAACACUUACACAAGGAUUGAAGGGAGAUCCUACCUAUCUUGUGGUGGAGAAAGACAGAACCCUUGCAACAUAUGCAAUUAAUGCCGUGUGCACUCACCUCGGAUGCGUCGUGCCGUGGAAUCAAGCCGAGAACAAGUUCAUCUGCCCCUGCCAUGGAUCUCAGUACAAUGACCAAGGAAGAGUUGUGAGAGGACCUGCUCCAUUGUCUCUGGCAUUGGCGCAUUGUGAUAUAGAUGAGGGGAAGGUCGUGUUUGUUCCUUGGGUUGAAACAGAUUUCAGAACAGGUGAUGCUCCAUGGUGGGCUUAGACAUCUUAAAGCCGUCCCUCUGUUGUCAUAUAUAUUUAAAUAUGAAAUUCAAACAUUCUGUUUUGUAUUAAUGCAUAAAUAUAUUUUGUAAUCAUGUUGAUAUUUUGUGAACUGAAGCUAAGAUGGAAAGGAACCUGAACAGGCUUCUUUUUCCCAUGUAAUUUUUCAUCAUACUCUCCCACGGGAAAAUUGACUAUUACCAAGUCCUGGACUGCAAUGGUUCCAAUUCAUA